AUGUCACAGCAAGCCGAGCAUGGAAGCUCCAAGAACAGCUCAUCUGAUGAAGCCAUUUCAUUAGAAAGCCAUGUUGCUGAUCUUAUAUCCAAACUCCCAUCAAGAGAGGGGUUGUCGGAGCGGAUGGUGCUCUACAAGAACUACUGGCUCCGUCCCUACUUUGUGGAGAGCGUACUGUGCCUCCAAAAUAGCUUCAAACCUCGCCACGAUGACAUCAUCCUUGCUAGCAACCCCAAGUGCGGCACCCGCCUUCGCAAUCUAAACAAGGCCUUAAAGUACGAAGAAAUGUUGUCAGAUCCGGUAAAACAUGUCAUAAAGAUCGCGGCAUUUAUUGGUGUCCCAUUUAGUACUAAGGAAGAAGAGGAUGGGGUACCAGAUGAGAUGGUGAGGUUGUGCAGCUUUGAGAAGCUUAGUAGCUUGUAUGUCAACAAAACAGGAGAGUUUUUUCGACACGGCAACAUGGUUAUUGAGAAUUCAGCAUACUUUAGGAAAGCAAAGGUGGGUGAUUGGCAGAAUCACAUAAACGAAGAGAUGGGGAGGAAGUUAGAUUGCAUUGUGAAAGAGAAACUUAAAGGAUCUGGCCUAACUCUGUAG